GCGCGGGCACACGCGGCGGGAGCCGGGCUGCGGGCGGCGGCGGCGGCAUGGGCAAGGGGGGCAACCAGGGCGAGGGCGCGGCGGAGCGCGAGGCGCCCAUGCCCACUUUUCGCUGGGAAGAGAUCCAGCGGCACAACCUGCGCACCGACAAGUGGCUGGUCGUGGACCGCAAGGUCUACAACGUCACCGCGUGGUCCAAGCGCCACCCGGGGGGCCACCGGGUCAUCGCGCACUACGCGGGCGAGGAUGCCACGGAUGCCUUCCGAGCCUUCCACCCGGACCUCGAGUUUGUGCGCAAGUUUCUGAAGCCCCUGCUGAUCGGUGAGCUGGCCCCAGAGGAGCCCAGUCUGGACCAUGGCAAGAGCUCUGACAUCACUGAGGACUUCCGGGCCCUGAAGAAGGCAGCAGAGGACAUGAACCUGUUCCAGACCAACCACUUGUUCUUCCUGCUGCUUCUGGCACACAUCGUGGCCAUGGAGAGCAUCGCCUGGUUCAUUGUCUUCUACUUUGGCAAUGGCUGGGUCCCAACACUGCUCACAGCCUGUGUCCUCGCCACCUCCCAGGCCCAGGCCGGGUGGCUGCAGCACGACUAUGGCCACCUCUCUGUGUACAAGAAGUCCAAGUGGAACCAUCUCGUCCACAAGUUCAUUAUCGGCCACCUAAAGGGUGCCUCCGCCAACUGGUGGAACCACCGCCACUUCCAGCACCACGCCAAGCCCAACAUCUUCCACAAGGACCCGGAUAUCAAGAUGCUGCACGUGUUCGUCCUGGGCGAGUGGCAGCCCCUGGAGUACGGCAAGAAGAAGCUGAAGUACCUGCCCUACAACCACCAGCAUGAGUACUUCUUCCUGAUCGGGCCACCACUGCUCAUCCCCAUGUACUUCCAGUACCAGAUCAUCAUGACCAUGGUCAGGCGCAAGGACUGGGUGGACCUGGCCUGGGCCAUCAGCUACUACGUGCGCUUUUUCUCCACCUAUGUGCCCUUCUACGGCGUCCUGGGCACCCUCCUCUUCCUCAACUUCAUCAGGUUCCUAGAGAGCCACUGGUUCGUGUGGGUGACGCAGAUGAACCACAUUGUCAUGGAGAUCAACCUGGACCACUACCGAGACUGGUUCAGUAGCCAGCUGGCGGCCACCUGCAACGUGGAGCAGUCCUUCUUCAACGAUUGGUUCAGCGGCCACCUCAACUUCCAGAUUGAGCACCAUGUUCCAGGGCCCUGGCCAGUUCAGGGCUUAUCCUCUGUCUACAGCCUCUUCCCCACCAUGCCUCGCCACAACCUGCACAAGAUCGCCCCACUGGUAAAGUCCCUGUGUGCCAAGCAUGGCAUCCCAUACCAGGAGAAGCCACUGCUCCAGGCCCUGCUGGACAUCAUCAGGUCCCUGAAGAAGUCGGGGCAGCUGUGGCUGGACGCCUACCUCCACAAGUGACCGGCUGCCCAAGGGGGAUGGAGUGGCAUGGGGUGACGGCCAAGAGAGGAGCCUUUGUUCUGAAGGUUCCCCCAGGCUGGUCAUCUCUUCUUGUUCCCUUCCCUUCUCACUGACCUCUGGCCCCGUCUUGUCCAGUGCCCCUGACCUGGGAGUGGGAGAGAGGUGGCCCUGGUGGACAGCACAUCCUUGCCUGCAGUUCCUGCCACCUCAUGAGGAUCCCAGGGCUCAGCUGCCAGGCCCGGGACUAUCCCCUCUCGCACCUCGGACCCUCUUGGGGCUCUGCGGGCAGCAUUCCCAGCUGGCCCACUCCCCUGGAGGGAGUGGGGCUGUUGCCUGGGGUCAGUGCUGGGCCCUCUGCUGACCAAGAGCUGACUGCAGUUCUAGGUUCCCCACCGCAGGCUCCAGGACCCCUUCCCAAAAUGCUCUGGCUGGAGCCCGAAGCGUAGACCAGGCCACCACACCAUGCCCACAUGGCCUCUCUGACACUCUCCUGUUGACUGUUUUUAAUCUUUGCUGUUUUCACGUUUUCUACAGGUGCAUUCCAACAGGAGGGGGCCGGGCGGGGCCUAGGACAAUCUGCCUUUCACCAGGCCUACACUGGGCGCAGCUGGCAGGGGGCGGGGGGGAUCUAACCCACUAACCAGCGUCCAGGAGGGGGUCUUGUCUGCUCCCACGAGGGCAAAAUGAAUCCAUCGUGAACUGAACUUAAUUUUUUAUCAUGUUGCCCCCACCUGUUUUUGAAGAAUAAAGGAGUCUAUUCUCACUUCCACAA